UCCAUGUUUCUUGCAGAUUGGCUUAGUUGCUUAUUCAUAUUUGUUAUAUACGUCGUCAGGAAUCUAUUCAACUCUCACAGAUCUUCUUCAUUACCUUCCUUUGUGUGGAGUAGCUAAGCUUUCUAAGAACAGACGACCCUUUUGAAAUCUGGUCAUGAAAGCUUUAAGAAUCUUUUUACAACUCCUUUUCUUUGGGUCUGUAAUUGCAGAAACCAGUUUCAUCUACAAUGGGUUUCACAACGUAAAUUUGAGCUUAUCUGAAGAAUCACACAUUACACCCGAUGGCAUCUUAUCAUUGACCAGUUAUUCACCAAGGGUCAUUGGCAAUGCAUUCUACCCUGCUCCCCUGAAAUUUAAGCAAAACACAUCAGUUAUCACUACUCCUACAAUCUCCUUUAGUACCACAUUUGUGGUCUCCAUUUCACCCAUGUAUACAGAGAUCGGCGGCCAUGGACUAGCUUUCAUUCUCUCCUCCACUAAAGAUCUCCAAGGCUGUCUAUCUAACGAGUAUUUAGGCCUCCCAAAUGAUACAAGCAUUGCCAAGUUCUCAACCCAUCUGCUUGCAGUCGAGUUCGAUGUUGUUCAGAAUAUCGAAUUAAGUGACAUCAAUGAUAACCAUGUCGGGAUUGAUAUAAAUAGCUUGAUCUCUAACAUAUCUGAACCUGCAGCUUAUUUCAGUGGGGGUAGCUCCAACCAAAACCUUUCGAUUGAUCUCAAGAGUGGAGCACCGUUUCAGGCAUGGAUUGAAUACAGUGGGGAGGAGAAGCUGAUGAAUGUCACAAUCUCUCCUUUAGGCAUCCGGAGGCCAGAUAGGCCUUUGAUUUCAUUCCCCCUUGACCUUUCAUCACUCAUAGAUGAGUACAUGUACGUAGGUUUUUCUGCUUCUACUGGUAUGCUGUCUGCAGCACAUAAUGUACUAGGUUGGAGCUUCAGGAUUGAUGGGAGAGCUGAAGAUUUGAAGUCCUCAAAGAUCCCAUCUCUUGUGAAAGCCAAGAACUUGGUUCAUAGCAAGGCCUUUGUAGUAGGGAUUGCUCUGGCUUCAGUCACUCUUUUUCUGCUGAUGAUCUCAGGUGCAUUGCAGGUGGCUCGAAGGCUAAAGCAUGAGGAUGACUUGUUAGAAGAAUGGGAAGUUGAAUAUGGAGCUCACAAAUUCAGAUACUCCGAGCUCCUAAAAGCAACAGGAAAGUUUGAAGAGAGGAACCUUAUUGGCAGAGGAGGAUUUGGGUGUGUCUACAGGGGAGUGAUUCGAAGCACAGGCCUUGAAGUGGCAAUCAAGAAGGUUGCUCAUGAUUCAAGGCAGGGGAUGAAAGAGUUUGUUGCAGAAAUUACUAGCAUGGGAAGGCUUAGGCACCGGAAUCUGGUGGGGCUACAUGGUUGGUGCAGAAGGAACGACGAACUCCUCCUUGUUUAUGAUUUCAUUCCAAAUGGGAGUCUCGACAAGCUAUUAUACAAUCAACCAAAGAAAAUUCUUACUUGGGAACAGAGAUACAAGAUCUUGAUUGGGGUUGCAGAGGCCUUGUUGUAUCUCCAUGAGGAAUGUGAUCAGAGGGUGAUUCACAGGGAUGUCAAGUCAAGCAAUGUAUUAAUAGAUGCAGACCUCAAUGCCAGGCUUGGAGACUUUGGCCUCUCCAAAAUAUAUGAUCAUGGCAUCAAUCCUCAGACGACCCAUAUCGUGGGGACACUCGGGUACCUUGCUCCUGAGUUCACUAGGACUGCGAAGGCGACAACAAGCUUGGAUGUGUAUAGCUAUGGUGCUCUUAUGCUAGAAGUGGCUUGUGGGAGGAGGCCCAUUGAGCCACAGAAGAAUGCACUGGAGCUGGUAUUGGUGGAUUGGGUCAGAGAACUACACUCCCAAAAAGCAAUCCUAAGAGCCAUUGACCCCUUGUUGGACUUCUAUAAUCCAGUGGAGGCAGAACUUGUGCUUAGUCUUGGCUUGCUUUGUUCUCAUCCUCUGCCCCAUUGCAGGCCAAGCAUGAGAAGGGUUGUGCAGUUUCUGUUAGGAGACGCCACCCUUCCUCACCUACCCUCUGAUGUCCACCUUGAACUUCCUGGUUUGGUUCGUGAGUCAUUGGAUGCUCACACUAGUUUUUCUGAACUUUCAAGUUCCAGAAUGACCUCUUUAAAGAGUAUCUCAACUAGCUCGUCAAGCUUGGACAAGAAUAGUGUUAAUCAGGUUUCUGGAAUAACUUCCUAA